GCUGUAACGGUUAAAGGCGGAUGUGGCUGCAGGUGAAUUCCGGGCCAGCAGGGGGCGACAUCUCCAUAUUUAACGCCUUCCGUCAUUACCGGGCGGGAUUUCCGCAGUCAAUAUCAAGUAUGGCGAAAACAUACGACUAUUUGUUUAAAUUACUGCUGAUCGGAGACUCCGGAGUCGGAAAGACCUGUAUCCUGUUCAGGUUUUCAGAGGAUGCGUUUAAUUCCACCUUUAUAUCAACAAUAGGUAUUGAUUUCAAGAUUAGGACGAUAGAGCUCGACGGCAAAAAGAUAAAGUUACAGAUAUGGGACACAGCCGGUCAGGAACGCUUCCGAACCAUCACCACGGCGUACUACCGAGGAGCCAUGGGCAUCAUGCUCGUCUACGACAUCACAAACGAGAAGUCUUUCGAUAACAUAAAGAACUGGAUCAGAAACAUUGAAGAACAUGCGUCGUCCGACGUGGAGAAGAUGGUUCUCGGCAACAAGUGUGACAUCAACGACAAGAGGCAGGUGACCAAAAUGGGAGGAGAAAAGCUUGCGUUGGAGUAUGGAAUCAAGUUUAUGGAAACUAGUGCAAAAUCCAACAUUAAUGUUGAAAACGCGUUUUUGACGUUAGCCAGAGACAUCAAAACAAAAAUGGACACAAAAUUGGAGGGAAACGCCCCCCAGGGAAGCAGUCACGGCGUGAAGAUCUCGGAGCCUCAGAAAAAGAGCAGCUUCUUCCGCUGCAGUCUCCUCUGAGAAGCGGACUCCGGUUCUGGACUUGUACGGACGUGCUGCUCUCAGCACCUCCUUCCUGUCUCCUCUUCCACGGCCUUCUCCUCAGACGGAGAGGACGUCCGUCCUUCAGAGCUUCCAAGAGUCUUUCUUCCGUCCAGGAGUCGGGACGUCUUCGUGGAUCAGAGCCGGCGAAGGACUCGGCUGAAACUGCCAUCUGUUACUCCUCAGAGUUAAGUUUGCACAACCGAGGACGAACCUGUAAAUUAUUGUAACAGUUUUGAAUACAAAAGAAUAUUUACUUCAGUUUCAAAGUGUUUCUUCUUUCAUACGAGCACUGUAACAGAGACUGGUGGGCUGCCACACUUCCUCUGCUGAGACUCGGUUCUGCUAGAGCGUUUUUAAGUCAGCUGUUAACUUUGUGUUCAUAUAAAGCGCCGUUUCCUCUUCCACGCCCAGCCACGCCCCCCUGCACUAACAGAACCAGAGAGCAGUUCUGCAAUAGAGCCCGGUGAACUGCAGCGUCUCUGGGCAGAACUUUAGCCUUCCGUUUCCCGCGCUGUUCUGGAAAACGGGAACAUUUGCUGAUGCUUUUCAAGCCUGUGAGGUUCCUGACGGACCGCCACUGACGCCGCACAGGCUCCUCCCUCCGCCUUCCAUGCAGCUUCCUGUGCACUUUAGCAGUAAAAGCGUUUGUGUGUAGUUUGGUCUUUGAAGCUUUGGAAAUAAACGACAUUUGAUGUCGAUUUUCUAAGUGAGCCGCUCCGUUUCAUCAUCAGUGACUCUGCCGUGUCACAUGACCAAACUGAUGACUGUAAACAUGAUGCAGUACAGAAGCAUAAGGACUGACGUUCACGUCUGAGAAGCUUCAGAGGAGCAAACUGUAACUCCAGUGAAGCUUCAGUGUUUUUCUUCCGUCUUUAAGAACAAAAGUUUCAUUAAAGUGUUGUGUGUCGGUUUGUGUUCACUCUCCACCUGUUGUGCGAUUGCUGAGACGUGUGUUUGUUUUCUGUACUUCCACGCGCUUGCAGCCCUGAAUGUUUGUUUUUUUAAGGGGGGACGCUGCACCACGAGGUCGGGUUCCCCUCACGAGUCAAACUGCAGCUUUAAGACCCAUUUCCAGCUUUCUUUCUCUUAGAUUCGUCAGUUCUCUUCAUUUCCAUCGUUAUCUCAGACUGAAUCGGAUCUUCUGAACUUUGAUCUUAACGUGAGGAGAAUUGACUCUGUAAAUAUGUGACCAAAUAAAGGUUUUGUCUAAUCUCA